AUGACCUCAUCGCAAGACCCUACAGCUCUCACUCAGAGCUUCCACUAUGAGACCUCAACUCACAUCUACGAUGUAAAAUGGGGCACUGUAGGCGAUAAAGGUCUCCCUCCUCUUAUCUUUAUUCACGGAACACCAUGGUCCUCGCGCGUUUGGGUUCCCUUCGCGCUGGCGCUGUCGCGUCAAUUCUGCGUUCAUCUCUUCGACAGACCUGGCUUCGGCGAAACACCCGCCGAAGCCCUCAAGCCAGGCCAACAAUCCAGCACGAACCCAGUGGAAAAGUUCGACAGCAACCUCGCGCGUCAAGCAGAGGUCUACGCAGCUCUCUUUCAAGAAUGGAAGAAAACUUGGUCUCAGGAUAAGGCACACAUUAUCGGUCACGAUAACGGUGGUCUAGUCAGUCUACGGGGCUAUCUUCUUCAUGAUCUCCCCUACGAGAGUCUGUGCUUAAUUGACGUCGUCGCAAUUGGACCCUUCGGCCAACCUCUGUUCAAAAGCAUGGCCGAGAACCCACACAUCUUCGAACAGCUGCCCGACACUGCAUUCGAAGGUAUUCUUGAAAGUUACAUUAGCGACGCCGCGUACCACGAACUCUCCAAAGAAACCAUGCAGAUGCUCAAAGAGCCGUGGACGCGGGAAGGCGGCAAACAAGGUUUCAUUAGAGAAUUAUGCCAGGCUAAUUCGCGGAGCACGGAAGAAGUCGAGGGGCGGUACGGGGAGGUUGGGCCGAAGCUGCCUGUCAAGAUCAUUUGGGGUAAAAAUGAUAAGUGGCUACCAGUUGAAGUGGCUUAUCGACUGAGUGACGCGCUCAAGGCAAAGGAGAUUGUCGUUAUCGAUAAGGCUGGUCAUUUGAGUAUGAUUGAUCAGGGGGCUCAGAUUGGAGUUGAGCUUGGUAUAUGGCUUAGUGACGCUUCACAUAAACAACGGUCAUGA